UUGGGUCAUUAGUGUAAUCAUAAUUUAGGCAUAUUCUCUUGAAAAAAGAAGUGGAAAACCAAAUAAAAUGCCACCAACAGUACAGUCAGGUCCAAGAGAUGACAGAGACCGAAAAAGACCAGGAGAGAGAAGAUCUGAGUUAGUGUGCAGAGUGAAAUACAACAACACUUUACCAGAUAUACCUUUUGACCCCAAAUUCAUCACUUACCCUUUUGAAACAAACAGAUUUGUAGAGUAUAAACCCACAUCAUUAGAGCGGAGCUAUAAAUAUGACCUUCUAACAGAACAUGAUCUUGGUGUGACAAUUGACCUCAUAAAUCCAGACACGUACCGGAUAGAGCCAGGAGCAUACCUAGAUCCAGAAGAUGAAAGACUAUUGGAAGAAGACCUCAAUACACCCACAGAUUCGAAAAGAUCUAGACAGCACAAUACUACGGUAUCAUGGUUGCGUAAGACAGAAUACAUUUCUACAGAGUACAACAGAUUCACACAGAAAUCAGAUAACUCCGAGAGAAAAGUUGGAUUUAAGAUAAAACAGAUCAUGAAAGAUGAAGACAUAUACAAAGACAGAGCGAGCCAGAUACAGGCCAUAGAUAAGACAUUUGAACAAGCCAAGGAAAAGAUCACCAAACAUUACAGUAAGCCUGGUGUGACACCUGUUGAAGUACUGCCAGUGUUUCCAGACUUUGAUCUGUGGAAACAUCCAUUUGCCCAAGUCAUUUUUGACUCUGACCCUGCUCCCAAGGGUCGGCCCCAGCCGGCUCAGAUGGAAGAGAUGUCUCAGGCCAUGAUCAGAGGUGCUGUUGAUGAAAACAAUGAGCAGUUUGUUGCAUACUUCCUGCCAACCGAGGAAACGCUAACAAAGAGAAAGCGAGAUUCAGAGGAAGGCGUGGAUUAUAAUGCUGAGGAUGAGUAUGAUUACACACUAGCCAGAGAAUACAACUGGAAUGUCAAGAACAAACUCUCCAGAGGUUACGAGGAGACAUAUUUCUUUGUGUUCAGAGAGGAUGGAAUGUUUUACAACGAGCUGGAAACCAGGGUGAGAUUGAGCAAGAGGAGAAAGACAGGAGGAGCACAGAUGGCCAAAUCUCGACUUAUCGUCAAACACCGAGAAGUGAAUGAGAGAGAGGUAGCAGCACAGAAUGCCCGAUUGAUGAUGUUGGAGCCCCAACAAGAGGAGGAGGAAGAAGAAGAAGCACAAGAGGAGCAGCUGGCUGGAUCAGAUGAAGAAUUCCGCAGUGGUAGUGAAGCAGGAAGUGUCAAAUCGGCUGGAAGUCGUCACAGCCGGUCAAGGUCACGUAGCGGUAGUCGCAGUCCAUCGCGCAGUGGAAGCAGGAGUCGCAGCAGAAGCAGCAGUCGAUCAUCUCGUAGUCGCAGCAGAAGUGCCAGUGGAAGCCGGAGUCCUUCACCAGCAAGAAGUGAGAGCGAACACGGCAGUGACAGUGACCGAGGGAAGAAGGACGAGGAGGAGAUCUUUGGGUCGGCCAGCAGCUCUGAUGAAGAUUGAAGGAGCUCUAUUGAAAAAGAACUCCUGGAGGAUUCUGUCAAAAUGGUGCAAUAACAUUUUUCGUUGGAAGCUAUAUUUUAUUCUUUGGAUUUUGUUUUUUUCUUUCUUGCACCAUAAACAUAGACCUAACUUUAAAAAAAUCCCAAAAAAAAUUUAUAUAAGGUGUAAUAAGUUCAAAAAUUUUCUAACAAUAUGUUUAGAAACGAGUUGAAGGUUCAGAAUAUUUAGUAUGUAUAGAAAACCUUCUGAUGCACCUUGGAGUUUAUUUCUUUAAAAUAAGUAUUGUUCUAAAAGACCAAAUAAGCAAAGAUACAUGGUAUUGAACAUGUUUGAUUUUAAUAUCAUCAUCAUAAUUUUGUCAAAACAUGCAUUUAAAACAUCAUUAUUCAUAUGUGCUUCAUGCCUGUAAAUAAAUCAGAGAUUUUGAA